AUGACAGAUAACAAUCCAGAUGGAGGGUUAUCCUUAGAUGUGUUUGAAAUGGAAGAUAAGUUAUCCAAAAUCAGAUCACAAAUUAAUUCGAAACUUGAAAAUCAAAAGCAUUUAGCAAUCAUUUUAUCAGCAGUUGAAGAAAACAUUGAAGAACAAAAAAAUGAUAAAACUCCAGUUGCUUAUUUCAUAUCAUUUUUAUCAUUAUUGGAUCAAUGUAUAUCAGAAGAUAAAAUAAUUGAUAAUAAUUUGGCUACCACUACUGCUUAUUUCUUGGAUAUUAUUUUCCCUUUCACUCCAAAACCUUUAUUAAAAUCAAAAUUUAAUCAAAUUUUAGUUAAAUUAGCUCAACCAUUAACUUUAGAAAAUGCUGAAGCUCCAUUAAUGAGAUCAACUAUCGGUGCAUUAGAAAGUUUAUUAUUAGCUCAAGAUAAUUCUUCGUGGAAUUCAAAGGGACAAAUUACUCCAAAAAGAGCAUUUUUAGCAUUGUUAGAAACUUCAUUUGAUCCAAGACCUAAAGUUAGAAGAAGAGCUCAAGAAGCUGUUAAUAAAAUUUUAUCAAAUCCUCCUACUUCCCCAUCACCUACUCAUGUUGCUGCUCCUUUAGCUGCAGAAGCUUCUUUGAAUCAAUUGACUACUUUAUUGAAUGAAUAUAAAGCAUCAAAGAAAAAUAAAGAAAUUAAUUCACAAAUUAUUCAUGUUUUACAAUUAAUUACUAUGAUUACAUCAAGUAAUUCAUGGCCAGUUGGUAAAAUUGAAGAAUUGUGUGAUAUUUUAUUGGAAAUUUCAAAAACUUCUGAUCAAUUUUUAGUUUCUUCAGCAUUUAAAGCAUUUGAAGGAUUAUUUCAAUCAAUGAAUGAUAUUAUUGAUAUUGAAAAAUUUACAAAAGUUUUAGAUAUUAUUUUUGAUUUAAAACCUUCUAUUAAUGAUACUCAUUUAGCUGCUUCUUGGUUAGCUGUUGUUGCUAAAUCUUUAGAAAGUUUUUCAAAAUUAUCUCCGGAACCUUGUAUUUCUAAAAUUCCAACUAUAUUACCUAUUGUAUCUCAAUUUUUAUCUUCUGAUUCAAAAGAUAUUUAUACUUCUUCAUCACAAUGUUUAAUUGCUAUUGUUAGUCAAACUAUUCCUGAUAAAUUUUUAUUACAACCAUCUUCUACAAAUGGAAUCACUGGGGAAAUUUAUGAAUUAGUUGAUGAAACAAUCACAUUUAUAAGUGAAUUGAUUGAAAAAGAAUUAUUUUCAAUUAAAUAUCAACAUGCUACUAAAGAAAUUUUAGAAUUUACUACUGCUACUAUUUUAAAACUUAGAAAUAGAUCAAAUCCAGAUUUCCUUGAUAUUUUACAAAUUGUUGGUAAUUGGAGAACUGAUGAAACUGAUAAUUUCCCUCAUAAUAAAGAAGCUGAAGAUCUUAUUGCUGCUUGUGUUUCUUCAAUGGGUCCAGAAGUUGUAUUAAACAGUUUACCUUUGAAUUUAACUGGUAAUGGUACUGGUCCAGGUAGAGCUUGGUUAUUACCUAUUUUAAGAGAUAAUGUUCGAUUUGCUGAAUUGGAAUUUUAUAAAUCAAACAUUUUACCAAAUGUCGAAUUUUUCAUUAAAAAAAUUGAAGAAUCAACAAAUAAAGAAUCAAUGAAUAAUAAAAUUUUCCAAACUAUUAUUGAUCAAAUUUGGUCUUUAUUACCACAUUUUUGUGAUUUACCAAAAGAUUUGACUUUAUCAUUUGAUGAAUCUUUUGCUACUAAACUUUCUGAUUUAAUGUUUGCUAAUGUGGAAUUAAGGGUUCCUAUUUGUCAUGCAUGGAGAUUAUUAGUUGAAUCAAAUGUUGCUUAUAAAGAUGGUGCAUUAGAUGAUGAUUUAUUAAUUCAACAAGAAUUUCCAAAAUCUGAAGCUGAAAAGAAUGUUCAAUAUUUAGGUUCAAUUGCUUCAAACAUUUUAACUGUUUUAUUCAAUGUUUUCACUUAUACUAUGGCUGAUUCAAGAGGAUUUGUUUUAGAAACUAUUGAAACUUAUUUGAACAUUGUUCCAAAAGAAGAAUUAGCUUCUACUUUUGAUAAAGUUUGUGGAUUAUUAAAACAAGCCAUGGAUGAAGAAGCAAAUGAUACUGCUGCUCCUGUCCAACAACAACAGCAAAAUAAGAAUGAGGUUCCUAAAACUAGUAUUACCAUGAUGGAUUUAAUUGUUGCUAUGGCUAAAUAUGUUCCUGAAUCUUCACAUAAUGCAUUGUUUUCUAUUUUUGCAACUACUGUUAAUUUAGCUAAUAAUCCAUUGAUGCAAAAAAGAGCAUAUAGAAUCAUUUCAAAAUUGGCAGAAACUGAAUCUGGUAAACAAUCAAUUUUGAAAUUUAUUGGAGAAAUUGAAAAAGUAUUGAUUGAUACUACUGAACAAACUCAUAAUUCAGCAAGAUCAGCAAGAUUAACUGCUAUUUUAUUGGUAUUGGAAUUAUUACCUACUACUGAUUUAUUCUUCAUUCCUUCUAUAUUACAAGAAAUUAUCAUGGCUACAAAAGAUGUUAACGAAAGAUCAAGAGGUUUAUCAUAUCAAAUUUUAAUUAAGAUGGGUAAUAAAAUGAAUGAAGGUGGAAUUAUUGUUAAUGCUAAAGUUCCUGGCUUUGAUGUUAAUUCACCAGAUUCACAAGCUUCAUUAACUGAAUUUUUCACCAUGGUUAGUGCUGGUUUAGCUGCACAAAAUCCUCAUAUGAUUUCUGCUACAAUUACUGCUAUUUCAUGUUUAGUCUUUGAAUUUAAAGAUGUAUUAUCAACUGAAUUAUUAUUGGAAAUUUCUUCAACUGUUGAAUUAUUUUUAACUCAUAAUUCAAGAGAAAUUGCAAAAUCAGCAAUUGGUUUUGUUAAAGUUGAAGUUUUAUCCUUACCUGAAGAAUUAGUUAAACAAAAUUUAUCUGAAUUAUUAUCAAAACUUAUGAAAUGGUCACAUGAACAUAAGGGACAUUUUAAAUCAAAAGUUAAACAUAUUUUAGAAAGAUUAAUUAGAAAAUUUGGUAUUGAAGAAAUUGAAAAUUCUAUACCUGAACAAGAUAAAAAAUUAAUUGCCAAUAUUAAAAAAUCAAGAAAUAGAGCUAAAAGAAAACAAGAAGCUGAAGAACAAGAAUCAUCAUCUGUUGGUACUUCUACUACUACUAAUCAAGAAAAGAAAUUUGUUUCUGCUUAUGAAGAAGCAUUAUAUGAUUCUGAUAUUUCUGAUGAAGAAGAUGUUGAUAUUUAUGAUGAAGAUUCAAUUAGACAAAAGAAGAAGAAAUCUAAUCAAUUUAUUUUAAAUACUGGUGAUGAACCAUUGAAUUUAUUAGAUAGACAAGCAUUAGCUCAUAUUUCAUCUUCAAAACCAAAGAAAUUAACUAAAAGUGAUAUUCAAAAUAAGAAAGAAGAAUUUAAAACAAAGAAUGGUAAAUUGGUAUUCAAUGAUAAAGAAGAUGAAGAUUCAUUAUCGAAUAAAGUAUCAGGUAUUGAUGCUUAUUUGGAUGCUGUUAAGCAAGCUCCAGUUAAAGGUCAAAAGAAUAAAUUGAAAUUUAAAAGAUCAAGAAAUGAUGAAGAUCAAGAUUGGUCCGAUGAUGAAGAUAGUACUCCUGUUUUGAAAAAGGGUAAAACUAUGGGUAAAUCUAAAAUUUCAAAACCUAAACAAAAAUUUAAAGCCAGAAAGAAAUUUUAA